AUGUUGCUUUACAACAAGCAGAAGAAGAACGCUAAAGGAAACAGAAUCCUUAUCAGCAUUACGGUUCUUGGUAGCGCUGGUCCGAUCCGGUUCCUUGCUUACGAUGAAGAUCUUGUAGCUUCUGUGAUUGAUACUGCUCUCAAGUGCUACGCUCGUGAAGGUCGUCUUCCUCUUCUUGGAUCAGAUUUCAAUGAUUUUCUUCUCUAUUGUCCCAUGGUUGGACCUGAAGCUUUAAGUGCGUGGAAAGGGAUUGGAUUGGUUGGUGCAAGGAACUUUACUCUGUGUAGGAAACCAGAGGAGAAGAAGAUGGUGAAGGAAGGUGUUGGAGCUAGAAAAGGUGGAAGCUUUAAGGCUUGGAUCAACAAGUCUUUCAGUCUCAGAGUCUCCACACAUUAAAAGAUUCUUUCUUUUUUAUCAAACAAGAUAAAAAAACAUCUUUUAUGUUUCUUUGACAUUGAAGACUUCUUGUUUUACAUCUGAAUUCGUUGGAAAUAAAAGUUUCAGUUUUCUUCUCCACUCUUAAUUUUGCUUUGGACAAAGUCUAAUACUUACUACUUUGGAGAAACAAAGCUGAUUGAUAUUAUUACCUUGUGUACUUUGUUGUGUUCUUGUCGUAAAGUACGAGUGUAAAGUGGUGAAAAGGAGCCUUCAUUGUGGAAUCCAAAAAACUAUGGUGAUAAAAUCUGUUU